UGUGACUGCCAUAGCUUUAGCCCCCACACGCUAGUGGGGCUGGUCUCUGUCUGGCUCUGCUGUGGACUUUGAUAGUAGCGCCCCCUAUAUAAAGCCGGCAGUCGGUGGUGAAGGAGCGCAUUAGCACCGGCACCCCGGCAAGGAAUAGUUCGAUACCAAGGGAUCCCCCUCGUCGAAUCCUUUUUACUUUUACCUUUUUGUCCGUCUUCAAGAAAUCUACCCAAAAACAAAAUGUGCGACGAUGAAGUAGCAGCUUUGGUUGUUGACAACGGAUCCGGUAUGUGCAAGGCUGGAUUCGCCGGAGAUGACGCCCCUCGCGCCGUCUUCCCAUCCAUUGUCGGUCGCCCCCGUUACCAGGGCAUCAUGGUCGGUAUGGGUCAGAAGGAUUCGUACGUCGGUGAUGAAGCUCAAUCCAAACGUGGUAUCUUGACCGUUAAAUACCCGAUCGAGCACGGCAUCGUCACCAACUGGGAUGACAUGGAAAAGAUCUGGCACCACACCUUCUACAACGAGUUGCGUGUCGCCCCCGAGGAACACCCCGUCCUCCUUACUGAAGCCCCCCUCAACCCCAAGGCUAACCGUGAGAAGAUGACCCAGAUCAUGUUCGAGACGUUCAACACACCCGCCAUGUACGUUGCCAUUCAAGCCGUGCUCUCCCUGUACGCUUCCGGUCGUACCACCGGUAUCGUGCUGGAUUCCGGCGAUGGUGUCUCCCACACCGUCCCCAUUUACGAAGGUUACGCCCUUCCUCACGCUAUCCUGCGUCUGGAUCUCGCUGGCCGUGAUCUGACUGAUUACUUGAUGAAGAUCCUGACUGAGCGCGGUUACUCGUUCACCACCACGGCUGAGCGUGAAAUCGUUCGUGACAUCAAGGAGAAACUCUGCUACGUCGCUCUGGAUUUCGAACAGGAGAUGGCCACUGCCGCCUCCUCCACCUCUCUGGAGAAGUCGUACGAGCUUCCCGACGGUCAGGUCAUCACCAUCGGCAAUGAGCGGUUCCGCUGCCCCGAGGCCUUGUUCCAGCCCAGCUUCUUGGGUAUGGAAUCUUGCGGCAUCCACGAGACCACAUACAACUCGAUUAUGAAGUGCGACGUCGACAUUCGUAAGGAUCUGUACGCCAACACCGUCUUGUCUGGAGGCACCACCAUGUACCCAGGCAUUGCUGACCGUAUGCAGAAAGAAAUCACUGCUUUGGCUCCAUCCACCAUGAAGAUCAAGAUCAUUGCUCCCCCCGAGCGCAAGUACUCCGUAUGGAUCGGUGGAUCCAUCUUGGCUUCCCUGUCCACCUUCCAACAGAUGUGGAUUUCCAAGCAAGAGUACGACGAGUCCGGACCUUCCAUCGUCCACAGGAAAUGCUUUUAAACAAGAACAAUUCCAGCAGCUACUGCAACAGAAAAACAGCUUUAAUAAGAACAGCAUCAAACGGCAAUUCAACGCUUCCGCCGGAUGAUUUACUAUCCUGUCUUAUUUUCUACUGUUUUUUCUCUAAUUUUUUUUUAUUAAUAUAAAAAAAAAUGCAACAUUCCAUGCCAGGGGUUGCCUUACACCACCACCACCACCCUUAUUUUUUGUUUUUUUUUGCGAUAAUUAUGAAAAAGAAAAAGAUUUACAAAAAAUUGCUAUUUGGCCUCAUUUUUCGCUCUCAAUUUCUUUCUGCCCUUUUACAGCUAAUAAUUCGCUUUCUUUUCGAUUGGGAAUUCUUUAUGUGUCUCUCUGUCCACGCUUUUCUUUUUCCCGUCUGGACCGCUGACGUGAGUUACACAUUGGAUGUGGCGACGACACACAAGGACACCCAACACCCGGAAUGGUCAACCAGGCCAAGGUAAAAAUUAAUUUUGCCACCGCAUUCAAUCCCCGUAACUCAUCUCACUUGCCAGUACGAGAAAAAGAAAUGUGACGCAAACAAGACUUAAUGCUAGGUGCCUUCUCUAUACCAAUUUUCAAAAUAAAAAUGAAAAAAAAAAAUU